UAAAUAAAUUGAAAACUCAUUUGGAGUGGGGACCGCAUCAAUGAUAAAUACAAGGAAUGAUGAAGUGAGAGUUAAAGAAAAUCAAGAUAUUAAAAAAAAAACAGAGAAAAAUGGUGAUAAAAAGGAUAGAGCUGUGUAUAGAGCUAAUGAAGAUAGGUAUGGAGUUUGUAGUGGUGGUGGCUGAAGCCGUCCAGAUUGUUAUGCGGCAACACCUCAACCACCGUGCUCCACCUCCUCCGCCUGUCCUCCGCCAGGGUCUUCUCCCUUAUACCGCUUCUUACCCUUCUCCAUUCCUAUUUGGAUUUCUCCCUUGAAUACCUUUUUCUUGUUAUGAAAUUAUUCUGCUUCUUUUCUUCUUCUUUUUUUUUGUUCUCUGUGUAGAUAUUUAGAUCUUAUUCUUCUUAAUUCUUGUAACUCUGUAUAUUGCUUAAUUUCUUCAACCAGAUUUGCAGCUCUCUUACAAUUUUUAAUAAUCAAGUGAACAAUUUGGUUGAAGAAUACGACGUGUAGCGGAAAUAAUCUGCCCCUAAGUCCAGGUUCAACUAAAAAAAUUGUUGGUUUUGCCAUGUUUCUUCAUGAUGAUAUUUUAGUACUUCACGUCAAGUUGUUCAAUUA